AUGCUUGAACUUGGCAUUGUCAAAUUGUCGGCUGUUGUCUGUGACGAUUGUGUUGGGGAUGCCGUAGCGACAUACAAUAUUCUGCCAAACGAACGUUUCGAUGCGAGCUACAGUGAUGGUGGCCAAGGCUUCAGCUUCAGCCCACUUGGUGAAGUAGUCUACAACUACAACUGCAUACUUGACCUGGCUCUUGCCCUCAGGCAUAGGUCCAAUAAGGUCAAGUCCCCAUUGGGCGAAUGGCCAAGGACUGACCAUGGUUGUCAAUGGUUCAGCUGGAAGUUGUGGAAUGUUGGCAAACUGCUGGCACUUAACGCACUUUUGGGUGAAGGCCUAGGCAUCGGUAUGAAGUGA